CACUGAUGGGCAUUGACGAGCAUCACUGAUGGGCACUGAAAGGCAGCACUGAUACAUGACACUGAUAGGCAGCACUGAUAGGUGGCACUGAUGGGUGACAUUGAAAGGCAGCUCAGAUGGGCACUGAUAUGUGGCAUUGUUGUGGCACUGAUGGACACUGACAGGUGGCACUUCUGGGGCCACACUGAUCAUCAGGGCACACUGAUCAUCAGUGCCCUGAUGAUCACCGAUUACCGGCUCUCCUCUCGAGCUGUCAGCGUGACAGCUCGAGAGGAGAGAAAUAGUGAUAACCGGCAUUUUCCGUGUUUACAUGUGAUCAGCUGUGAUUGGCCACAGCUGAUCACAUGACAGAGCCGACAUCUUUGGCUCUUUCCGUGAUCCGCUGUGUCCGAGGGACAGCGCACAGGCGAUCGCCGCGCUGCGCGCUCCCUGAGCCACGCAUGCACGGUGAGAAUUG